GAACAAUCUCGAUGUGCGUGUAAAAAUUCAAAUAUUUUCGAACGCAAAAACGCAUUUAUUGGUCUAAGGCACGAUGGAGAGGAAAAAGGAGAAGAUAAUAAAUAAUAGCCAAGUAGCCCCAGCCUCAAUAUGUACUAGUAUAUCCAGCAUCAAUGCGGAUAUGCAAGAUAUGAAUUGCACCAGUUUGUUUCUGCAUACUUCUCAGAUAGAAAACGAGGUUGUCUCUUCUAGUAACAACUUGAGAAAUAUGAUGGCAAAGAAGAAAAAUAGAUAUACUAUAUAUAAACCAAUAAUUACAUCUUCAAGUAUCGAACAAUCGUCGAGAAAAAAAGACUGCUUCAAUGGCAAAACAUUAUCGAUUGAUGAGAAUUUGCCUGUAAUGGAAAAAUAUUUGCCAUUACCAACAAAUACGGAACAAGUUUUCGAUAAUGCCAAUUUUUUUAAAUUGCAAGAAGAAAGUGCAAAGUAUGAUAACUUUGGUCGUCCUGAAAUAGUCAUUACCACAAGUCACAAAGAAAAAUCAAAUAGAACUUUUUUUAAUUGGAGAGUUAUGUUAAAUGAAAAUGGUCACUUACUUAUUAAAGGAACAUUAGAAAGUGGAAAAAUUGCGCGCACUAAACCCAUACUUAAGAGAUUGACGGUUACAAGCGUAGAGUCUAUUUUUAAACAAAUAUAUCAUCUAAAAGGAAAUAUUGUGGAUAAUAGAAAUGAGUUACCAGAGUACGUUAGAGGUAAAUUCUUCAAUGGUUUUCCUGAUGAUUGGGAAAAUGUAAUUCGAAUAUGGAAAUUAUUUAUUUCUCAAGGCUUGAAUUCAAACUUUCAUUGGCCAAUCAAAAUUAUUGAUAGCGAUAAUGACACAAAUAGCAAAAUGUCAGAUGUAACGCUCGAGUGUAGAAAGGAAGACGGAAUUAAGUUCAACGAGUCAGGCGUUAUUUCAAUGGGACAAAAACCAAAUGUAUCCAAUCUCCGAAUACCUUCCAGUACUUUACGUGGUAUUAACGGGGAAGAUCGCUCUUUAGAAACUAAAACUGAUAAUGAUGUAUACACUCCUGAAAUUUAUGUACCAGGUUCAACAAAUUUACUGCUUUCCAGCAUGGCAAAGAAGACGUAUAAUCAUAACAGUUUAGAUAGAAAGGAACAGUACCAGAAUAAAAGUGUGAAUAUACAUCAAUUGCCUCUUCUUCAAAAAGAACAUACAAUGAGAAAUAUGCAGGAAGAUACAAUUAAUAUCAUUGUUAAUAAUUUACUGCAUAAGGAUUGCCCUCAAGAAUACAUUUCUAAAAUAAUACAAAUGUUUGAUUCUCUCAAUGAUGUUUACUCUUAUGGAGUGGCAUCGAACGAUACAAAUGGAGAAAGUAGAGUAAAGUGUAAUGAUAAGAAAUCUGGAUUGUGUAGCAAUCAAAUACAAGGUAAUGAAAUAAUAAAUGAUUCGGGAAGAUCUUGCAUCUCCGAACGAUCGCACGGAAAAGGCUUUGAAGAAUUGGAAGAUGAAACUUGUCCGGGUAUAUCUAAAAUCAUAUCUGAAAGAAUAUUAUUACAAAAUGAAAGAGUGUCGAUGAAACGGCACAAACACGAGCAAAGACGAGAAAGUAUGAAUUAUAACGCCAUAACUAACAGUCAUGUAAAAUUGCAAGAGAAAAGUAAAAAAAACAGACCGAUAUACCAUUCUACUUCCAGCAAUGACAAUAUUGAAAAUGACAAUAUGGAAAAUCAUGAUCCCGCACAUGUAUCGGUAUCUGUACACAAGGAAAAGAGGAAAAGAGAUAAUAUUAAGUUACUUCAUUUUGGACUGUCCGAUAGAAGAAAAAAGGAUAGUUUGAAAAAUAAUCGUUAUUGCGAAAAUUCUAGUACGGAAGAUGAAAUGGAAUUGUUAGAACUCAAACAUAAGGAACAUUUGAAUAUGGCAAAGAUCAUAGAACACAGUGCGAAAAAACCAAAAAUAAUAAACACCUUUGCUGAUACGAAUCAUGUUAACGUAGUUCAUAGAACUCGUAAGAACAGUAUUAACAACAAUAAAGCGAUGUCGUUGAAAAACAAAAAGCAGAACGGCACAUCAACACCAUUGGCCAUUGUAGAUAGUCAUACUCUUAAUAUGAACUCAAACGAAGAUAUGAUCGAUGAAAAAUCGGAAUUUAUACCCGUUUUAAAUGAUACAAAAGAGCUGAUUAAAAAUACGCAUGAAUCGAAUUUGCGCGCAGGUAUUAUAAGCGACGAUCGUUUAAUCGACGAACAUAAAAAUGACUCGAAGGACCGUCGAACUCCAAGAGGUAGUGAAUUUCAAAUUGAACGCGAAAUAUCUCCUGAAAAUGCGAAAUAUGCUACGAUAGAGACAGAUACAUCUUUGUCAAUAUCAAAUCCUCUAAAGUCUCGCGUUAAAACGUGUCGCGAGGCAAAUACGUCAAACGAUGAAUUUUUAAGCGCGAAGAAACCUCAACUAUUAUCCGACUGGAUACCACGAGUUGUAAUUGAUUCUAAAUCAGUUUGCGAGUUAAGUUUGGUUUUUGAAGGUAAAUUGCUCAACGAGGCUGGCCACGUGGUUCAUAGAAAAUUUACAACUGAGCACAUUCGCAAACGACUAUCGGCAACUUUGAUCGAAGGUAUAAAUCAAGAGCUAUAUCGACUUAUCGGAGAUCUGCACGACUCUAAACACGGUAACAUUUACACACAUUUCAAGAUACGAUUACACUUGCGCCGUUAUGUUAAAAUAUAUAUUAUGUUAGUUGUGCCAAAGGAAUUACUGAGGUAUUGUCGCGAAGGAUGUCCACUUAAUAUAAACGAAUUUUGCAAAAUGUGGAAAUCGUGUGGAAAAGCUAAUGCAGGUGAAGUAGUAGGAACGAAGCAAGGAGGUAAGAUGAUAGAUAUAUCGAAUGUUCCUACGAGUUCAAGAGGACGUAGGAUAUUUCCACCGUUGAGUUACUGGACUGGAGAGCGCGUUGCUUUUAGAGACAACGAAAUAGUCUACACAACAGGCAGUUCUCCGAGGUAUUCUAUAGAUCGAUCGGCCGAACGUAAAAGCAAUAAAUUGCAAGUGGAAGAAAAGAUGUCUGGUCAGUCUAACGAUCUUGGUGGGUCUAAAAAAGGUGCAAGUGAUGCGUUAAAAGAUGAAAAUACCACGUUAUUACCUACUAGUUUACAACGGCAAGUCGAUAUAUGGGCACACAGGUACGAUGUAGAAUUAACUAACACGCAAAAGACGGAUAGAAACAAUGCUGCAGUAUCGCAAUCGGAUGAACGUACAAAACAAUAUGGUAUAAGGCAACAAUCACCUAUUAAAAAACAAAACCUGAUGUAUACUUAUUAUAAAAGUAUUCCACACACAGACGACAUUUUGUCCGACGAUCAAGUAUCUCAGUUAUAGAUGUAUCUUUUAUGUUUUUAAAAAUAGCUGGUUAACGCGAGUUCUCGUUUUGCGAUAAGUUGUAAACGUUAUGAUAACUCUUCGGAAAACUGUGUUGAUUUUUAUUGAUUAAUCUUUAUUUACAUAAGUUUGGAUAAUGAUUAUAAUAUUAAUUUUUAGGAUUGAUCAAACCUGGUAAAAGGGACAGAUUCUUUUUUUCUCUCGUUUUUUUUUUUUUUUUUUUUUUUUAUAAUUAAUUACCGUGAUCAUAAUUAUAGUCGAAAACUAUUUUGUAUAGAUUAAGAACGAUGAUGCAUAGUCUUGACACCAUGGUAUCAGAUCAGUGCGUCCUUCGAUUCUUCGACUGACCUAAUUGAAUCGCGAAAAAAAGAACUAGAGAUUUUGUCAUUUACUGCAAGCAGUCCGACUUGAUUCACGAAGGUGAAUACACCAUUGUUUUAUGUCGUCCGUCUGUCCUUUUUCAUCAUGUUUUAUAAUAUAAAACUUUUCCUAUCGCUACACGGUAAUGAAACUUAUGUUCGAUCAUUGGCCCGGAAUUCGAAAAAUCUGAAUAGCAGUCUCCCACGUAACAUUUUUAUCAUAUUAUUAUGACAAAGUGAUAUUGGCAAACAAAAUAUCGAUCGACAAACGAGAGCUAGUCGAAUAAAUAAUUGACGGAAUACCAAAUUCCAAAUUGCGGUUUGUCGAUAUAAAAAAUUAUAACGACGAAGAAACCGACGAAGAAUGUGCUAAGACCGAAUGUAAGAGAAAUUAUUUUAGGGAAUAAUUGGAAUUUAUAUUAAUUAUAUUUCAUUUUUAUAUUUAUUUUUUAGCAAUUGUUCAACUUUUAAAUUGUAAUAGAAUAUAUGUUCGUCAGAUUACAAAUAAGUAGAUGAAUAACGAUUAAUAACUGCGUUAAAUAGUUUUGUUUUUUUACGAAGUUUUAUAAAUUUAAGAAAAUGCUUACUCACGAUCUUAAAAUUUAUCUACGGCUUCAUAAGUAACAACGUAAGCUCAUUUUUAUCAUAAGUAAAAGUGGAACCCGAUGAAAUGCAUGUGAAAUACGUUUUGAUGUAAUAAUGAUA